AUGGCCACGCAAGUCUCGCGCAGUAUCCUCUUUACACAUACUCGCCCUCAGCAGGGGUUCCGGUUGCUGGAAUUGACCCCAGAGCUGGAAGAACUACUGACAUCGAAAGAUGCCCCAGCACUCGAACUCAAAUCUCCCUCAACAGCCCUCGCCCAAGCAGUAAUCGAUCCAAGCGCACAAGACUAUGUAAACCUCUGCACACCAACACAAACCUACCGAAUCCGCCAAGUCCAAUCCUCAAACUCAAUCCACAUCCUCCGCCCCAGCAAUGGCGAGAUCUCAAAAGCAGACAUAAAAGUCGUCGAAGAAGAAGCCGGCGAUGAAGGAACCCUAAACCUCCCCGACGAAGCAGUCACCACAAUCGCAAAAUGCUCCUCAACACUAGAACUGCACAUCCCACCCGGCGGAUUCUCCGCAAUCCCAUUCCUGGAAAAGAGCCUGCGGCUGUAUGACCGUCGCAGUGAUGACGACGGAGAUAUAGCUAUGGAUGAUUCUGCCGCGUCAAUGGACCCUCUGGAUGCUGCUGCUGUGCGAAAGAUUAGGGAGGGGGUUUGGGUGGAUAUACCUGUGUCGCGGGCGCAGUGUGAACUGGGCUGGAUGGAGCUUUGUGCGUUUGUGGAUGCUGGCGAAGAGGUCGGGUGUUGGCGGCCGUCGGCGCGCGCGCGGUUAGGUGUUUGGAGGCGGUUGGUUGAGGGGGCUGUUUUGCAGGGGAUUGAUCUUGAGAAACAGUUCCUUGUGGGGGAUUUAUGGAAGUCGGUUCUUGAUGAGGAUGAGGCGGCUGAGCCGCCGUUUCCGCGCGCGUUGCUUGAGGCUGUUGUUAGGCGGAUUUGUGUUGUUGAUGAGCGGCCUGCUUUGGCGGAUGAGGUCAAAUGGGCGAGCUUUGAUAAGGUUGAGUGUGCGCAGUGGGUUGGGGAGACUUAUUUAGCUGCUAUUGCGCCUGGGGCUUCGUCCGCUAUUGGGAGAAGCGACUUCCUUCGUGCGUGGAAGGAUUGUCUGCCUGAACCGUGGAGAGGAGAGGCCGUUUUGUCCAAGUUGACCAAUGGUUGCUACAAGAGCCCUGACCCUACGACUAUACACUUUGUCGAGCCCUCUCAGCGGGAGCAGAACAGCAAGGCUGCUCCUACUGGGCCAGCUGCAGCUGCAAAGGCUAAGAAUACCAGAAAUUGGCACGAGUUGCUUAAAGUCCGCCGCUGA